UACAUAGAGAGCUUCAUGGUGGACAUUUACAUAAAGAUGCAGAGGGGGAGUCUGACAAUCUGACAGAUAUAAAGAGAGUUUGUCACAGUGUCUGGAACACAAACGAUAAAGCCGAUCUCUGCUGUGAUCUACUGGGAAGAGAUUGAGAAGAUGGCAAUGUUGGUGUUUUUAGCAACUCCUCUCUCUGUUGCUCUGGUGAGCGGAUGCAGUCAGGCUAAAGUCAUGCCAGUUGAUUGUUCUGGCCUUUAUAAAUCUGGACAAACAGUCAGUGGGAUUUACUCCAUCUAUCCAGCAGGAGACAUUCCUGUCUGGGUUUACUGUGAGAUGAUCUCAGGUGGGAAAGAUGAAGACAACGGAGCAUGGACGGUGUUUCAGAGGAGAAUGGAUGGCACUGUGAAUUUCUAUCGACCGUGGAAUCAGUACAAGAGAGGAUUUGGGAAUGUGGAGGGAGAAUGUUUGUGGCUGGAGAACAUGUACCAGCUGACAAGCAACAGGACAUACAUGCUGAGAGUGGAUCUGGAGGACUUCACCGGGAGGAAAGGUUUCGCUCUGUACUCGUCCUUCUCUGUGGGUCCUGAAGCUGAUGGAUAUAAACUGCAAGUUUCAGGAUUCAAGGAUGGAGAAGCAGGCGACUCCAUGACCAGCCAUAAUGGACAGAAGUUCACCACCUUUGACCGAGACCAAGACACCUAUGAAAAAAAACUGUAUCUUGGGGCAUUUUGGUACAAUAACUGUCAAGAUGCAAACCCCAAUGGUGUGUAUUUAUGGGGAGAUGAUCCCACCCUUUUCGCUGUUGGAAAUGUUUGGUACACCUGGAAGAACAAUUAUUCUGUUGCUAUGAAAUCCAUCAGCAUGAAGAUCAGACAUGUGUCUUAGACAUUUGAAGAAACCGUACAAUGUUUCUCAGAAACAAACAA